AUGGGAGCUUCUACACAAGCAGGAAAGGCUAAAAACAUCAAGACCCUCCCGGUAACCCUCUUGUCGGGGUUCUUGGGCAGCGGGAAAACAACCCUUCUCGAGCACAUUCUCAAAUCCACUGAUCAUGGCUUAAAAAUCGCCGUCAUCGUGAACGACAUGGCUUCACUAAACAUCGAUGCUGCCCUGAUCACCCAUCACAAAGUCUCACAGACGCAGGAAAAGCUAAUCCAGCUCCAAAAUGGUUGUAUCUGCUGCACUCUGCGCGGAGACUUGCUCUCUGAAUUGGCACGUCUUGCCCAAUCGGACGGUGCAGUUGACUACGUUAUCAUUGAGAGUACGGGCAUUAGUGAACCAAUGCAGGUUGCCGAGACGUUUACGGCGGAGUUUAGCUCUGCUAUGAUGGAUAUCGAUGUUGCGGAACUAGAUGCUAAUGGACAGGAAGAGCGAAGAAUUUUGAUGGAGGUAGCAGAACUAGGUGGCCUCCACAAUCUUGCUACACUCGACACAACCGUCACUGUUAUCGACGCAUUCAAUCUCUUCUCCAACUUCCACACCCCCGAAUUUCUCUCGGACCGAUACGGCUCUGACGAGAUCGUGCCAGAGGACGAACGGACGAUUUCCGACCUGAUGGUCGACCAGAUCGAGUUUGCUGAUGUGUUGAUUAUCAACAAAAUUGACACUGUCGACAAGGACGUACAGCGGAAAAUUCGAGACCUUAUCAACCUGCUCAACCCGGACGCGAAAGUAAUCGAAACAAGUUACAGCAAGGUUGACAUCAAGGAAAUUGUUCAAACGGGCAGGUUCAAUUUCAUCAAGGCGGCAUCUGGAGCAGGCUGGUUGAGAAGCUUGCAUGAAAUGGCCAUGUUGGACACGGCAGAUGGGAAGAAGAGAAUGGCGCCGAAGCCAGAGACUUUGGAGUACGGAAUCAACAAUUUUGUCUACACAGCCCGACGCCCCUUUCAUUCUCGAAGGCUAUUUGCUCUCUUGCAAGAUAAAUUCAUUCUUCUACAAAACCGAGAAACUGAGGAGAACGAGGAUGACGAAGAUGACGAAGAUGACGAUGAGACCAUGGAAGACGAUGAAGAGGAGGAAGAAGACACAGAAGACAACAAAUCCGAACUAGCAGAAUUCACCCAACUUGAACCGCCCACCAUUCUCGCCAACAAAAAGGCCCAUCCCGCCUUUGGACCUGUUCUCCGCUCCAAAGGAUUCUUCUGGCUCGCAACCCGCGGUAUGCAAUUCGGCGAAUGGAGCCAAGCCGGUGGCAUACUCACCAUUAGUUGCGGCGGUGUCUGGUUCAGCGAACUCCCGCGCGAAAUGUGGCCUGAAGAUCACGAUGUCGUCGAGUCAAUCGAGCGUGAUUUCGUGGGAGAAUGGGGCGAUCGCAGACAGGAAAUUGUGUUUAUUGGUGAAGGAAUCGAUUGCGACAGGAUCUCAAAAGCGCUGGACGAAUGUCUACUAUCUAACAAGGAGAUGAAGCAGUGGGAAAGAGUCAUGAGGAACCCAAAAUUGUCUUCGACAGAAAAGGAAGAUGCAUUGAAUGAGUUGUGGGAGGAUGGAUGGGAGGAGUGGCCGGAUGUUGAUAUUGUUGAUGUCGACGAGGACGAGAUGGAUGUCGAUACCAGCGGUGCUACUGUUGGAAAAGGUCAAAAGCAUCGCAUAAGCGAGCAUAUUGGAAAUGGGCAUAAACACCAUGGCCAUUCUCACACCAACGCCCAUGUUACAUCUCCCAUGGUCAAAGUGUGA